GAAAAAAAUAAUAAAAAAAUGAAUGCGGAAAAAAAUCGCAAGGCGUUGGUUUUUUUAUACAAAAAUGCAGAAGCGAGGCAGAAAAAGGUUAUGCAAUCAGAAUUUAUCUGCUAAAUUCAGAAGAUCUUUGAUCCCUGUUCGCAAUAUGGUCUGUUAAUUUUUGACAGCACCUGGAUAGUUUGUAACCUCUUAUAGCAGAGAAGGUGUGAUAGUGGCUUCAGAUUCCCACCAAUCUAAUACAUUCUCAUGGUCCAAAAGAGAUCAAUCUUUCGAUUUUAGAGUAGAGUUGUACAGGGCACGAUAUUUUCUGAGCGAUAACCACAACGUAUCUGUACCGUACGAACUACUUGCGCCCUGGCAGUGUGGAGACAUAUCCCGAUCGGGAUGUACCCCCAAUCGGGAUCUAUCAUUUUUGCAGCGAAAUUUUGUCUAUACCCCGAACGGGAUAUAGUUUGAAAUUAUAUUCCGAUUAGGAUAUAAUUCGAUAUCCCGAUUGGGAUAUCAGUUGUCCUUUUUAUCUUUCUUGCAGUACUUAUAACUUUUUUUUUUCUGUAGAUAAAAAAUUGGUAUUGUACACAUAUGCACAAGAAGCCAAUUUAUUUGUAGAAAAUUAUAUACAACACUAUCAAACAACGGGAAGUUUGUAUUACCCGAUUAAAGCAUGUGUUGCCGCUUUAAACAAAGCGGCUUAUAUAUCAAGAAAUCGGGUUCUUAAGUAUAUGAAUUCCAUAAAUGGAUUGAUUAUUGUCGAUAAACAAGAUGGAACAACGGUGAAAAAAGACGAAGAAGACGAAGAAGACGAUGAUGACAAAGAAAAUGAAGAAGUAGAAGAAGAAAAGAGUGAUGAAGAAGAAAAGAAGAAAAGAAAUGUGGCCAAGAAAGUGGCGAAAGUAAAGAAAAGUUUGGAAGACGCAUUAUCGAACGAACGGGUUUUAACAAGAAUGCGAAAAAGAAAUAUUCGCAAUUAA